GUGUACAACAUAAACAUGUAUAUAAUUACAAUUUUUAUUGCCGUCGGCCGUCACCAAGCAUCGGGCAGAAAGACUAAAAAUACAUUUUUCCUAUGAAAAACAUUGCUGUUGUCGUAAAUAAAUACAUCCCGAGUUUUUUUUUGCAAUAUGUUAUCGAAGAUCCGCGUGUGUAAUAAUAUGUACAAUAUAUUAUUAUUAAUUGUAUCGUGUGCGUGUGUUUUACCAAAUAAUACUGUUUUUAUCGACGGAUUGUUUAUAUUGUAAAUUGUAAUGUAUGGUACGCGUUUGGACAUGAUCUCCACUCACUGGUUGUUGUCGAAUACCCAUCUAUUAUAAUAUUAUCCUUCAUUUUGAAUUCGACUUUCCCAAAGGAAGUACAAAAAGAAUUGACCAACAGGCAUCAGGGUAGCAUCUUUCUGCAAGAAUUCAUACAAGGAAUGAUCAAAUUCUUGUUAGACAUCUCAAUAGUUUUAAUGAGUAUUUUACAAGGUACGUCAUGUAUAAAUUGUUUUAAGUGUUCCUCGUUGAACGGAAGUAAUGCAAAUUGUGAAGACCCUUUCAACCCAGCCAUGUCGUCGUAUAUAGAAAAAUGUAUGGUUCCGAAAAGAGGUCAUGUCGGCAUGUUCCCAGCUAAUUUUUGUACUAAGAUAAUCGGUACAAACGUAAUAACACAUGAAGUGAUGGUAAUUCGACAGUGUGCUAUGAAAACCAUGGAUUCGCAAUGUGGGGAGUUCAAAUAUCAAGAGAACACCAUGGAUGGAUGUAUUCUUACUUGUGAUUUUGAUGGAUGCAAUUCUGCAUAUACAUAUAAGCCUAACAUAAUUUUACAAUUUACGUUACCCGCACUUCUAUUAAUAUUAAUGUCAUUUUAUUUGAACGGAUCCGUCAAAAUUUUUCAGGGUACCUAGUGUUUUGUCUUCCCUUCAAACAAGCAUCUCCAACUAACGACAAAAUAAUAUUUAUUAAUUAAAUUAUAUUACCUAUGUUCAUUUACCUACCUACAUUUAUUAUCUAAUGCUAACAUAAGCGCAACUAGAUGGCUUAGAAUCUUGAUCUACAGUUUAGGAAUUUAGGUAGCUGUAUUUAUGUCUAGGGGACAAAACAAUUGAUAUUCCAUUUUAAUUUCUAAAAUUACGAUUAAUAAAGAUCUUUGUAAUUUUUUUUUUGGAAGGACAAUGCUAAUUUUUUAGGGGGGGUCUUCAACCCUGUAAUUUAAUUUAAGUACUCCUGAUUUUCGUCCGUCUAGUUGCGCUUUUAAACGCUAAAGAAGCUUAAUUACUUUUUUUUGGCUACAGCUGUAUAUUAUUAUUUAUAUAAUUAUAUAAAUCUACCCAUACCAUAUUAUAUUAUACCAAAAACAUAAAGUAAUACUUAUUUGGGAACAUAUUACAUAUUAUUAGCUUAUCUAAUUUUAAAAUGUUUUAAGUACAAAAUGACGAUUUUACAUUUGUUUACAGUACGCAUUUUUUUACACUUUUAAACUUAAAAUAUUUUAUUUACCACGUAUUUGCUAAAAAAUACAACUUUUCUAUUCUUUAUCAGAUGCACAAUAAACUCAUAUUGGCUACAGAGUACAAAUGUAUUACAACAUUUUUUAAUUACGCCACUGACAUUACACUUAAAUGUUUUUUUAACGAUAUAAUUGUUAACUGUUAUGUUGUGUUCUGCAUUGUUCGUUUUUAGUCUUGACUUUAAAUAAAUAAUACAUCUUGUUAUAUUAUACUAGCGGAUAUCUAAUUAUUAAUAGUGUCAUAUAAUGAACAUGUUGUUUUCGUUUAGACACUAGGGAAAUAAAUAUCAACGCAUAAGACUUAUGAUAACGUCUAGGUAUUUAUAUACCUACUUAUAAUUAUUACUUGUUAUGUCUUUUAGAUAAUAUCAGAUUUUUGUUGAAUUUUAAUAAAUUUAUUGCUAAAUCGACUCUAUCUUUAAGUUUAGACGCAAAGUUGUGGACAGAUAUAGUAAUUUAAUGGUCUAAAGUAAAUCAACGCUGUGAUUAAUUUUAUCUAAAAUGUAUACAAUGUAUAUUAUUAUAAAAACAUAACGUCUUGUUAAAUCAUUUCAUAUUAUUAUUAAGAUUUAGCCAAAAACUACAUGUUUACAAUUUGUACAAGUUGAAUGUAUUAUUAUUUAUUACUAUAUAAGUACCUAGUGACUAUUUUGUCCAUAUUCCAUACAUAGUAUACAUAAUAUGCCAGUAUGUGCAUAGCCGUGUAAAUUUAUAAAUCAUUAUUAUAUGCAUUGUUUUCAUAGUUUUUACUAUUAUUGAAUCUUUCUAAAAUGUUGUAUUACCGUUUUUAAAUUAAAACUAUU